AUGUCAUCGCCAUCGCAAUUAACUAGACCCUCGCACUUUCCCGCAUUGAAGCCCUUGCAGAGACAGUCGCAGUCGGCGCCCAUCAGUUCAAAUCAAUUGUUGCAUCCGCAUCCGCCGUAUUCUUCCUCUCCUGAAGCAACGACAACAGAAAUAAACUCUACUUCGGUGGAUGCUGCAACGCUUGUUACCAAAAUUUCGUCAUCUGCAUCGACGAAAUCUACAAAAUCCACACAGUCUGUAAAGUCAACCAAGUCAACCAAAUCAACAAAAAAGUCUCCAGGUAUUUUCAACCUAGAGCGACCACCAUUUGACUUCGCAAUAAAUUUAAUAGUCCGACCUACAGACCUUUCGCCGUCACCGUCCACAUCCUCACUAAUUACCACAAAUACAACCAAUACCACCAAUACCACAAACACCUCCUCUGCAUCCCAAACCCCAAUUGAUUCACUUCGGCGUUAUCCUGCAGAGCUCACCAAUCCAAUCCCCGAAGAAGGCGACGAAGAAACUGGUAGCGAGUCAUAUUCCAACGAGCCCAUUACACCAGUUAGUGGGAGACAAUCACGGGAUUUUCGAUAUUGCGAACAGAACGACACUUACCAUCGCGAUUCUCUUACUAAUUAUUCUGUUGCCUCUGAAUCAGGUGUUCCGGAGCAUGCUGACGAUUCACUGAACAUUAUUAAUAAAGACGCCACUGAAAGCUACCGGCCGAAAUCCGCACGCCGUCCGUCGUCACCAAGAAAACUCACACCUCGACGAUCAUCGUCUGCGCUUUCCACAAUUUCCGCAAUUUCCAGGAAAAUGUCAAUUUUUAAGCGCAAUAGUUACCACGUGGGUGACAAUGGUGGUGCAACAGCGGAAUUUAAAGACCCCAAUUAUGAGUCGGGUUCGUCCGAAACCAACCUCACCCCGUCCAAUAGGGUAACACCAAACGUCAGUCGCCGUCGCUUCUCCAUGCAGAGGUCAAGUGCGACGACCCGUUCUAACACCCCACCUUCUCCUGGCUCUCCCAUAGAUACGCCAAAUUCUCGGGACAGGUCGAGCCGCAUCUCCAUUCCCACUAGUAGAGACUUUUUGGAGAACCGCUCCAAAAAAGCUAGGGCCAACACCGGCUUCUCUUUGCGCAACAAGGUGGUCAAUUUCACCACAACCAAGAACCCUCGACGGACACGGAGUGUGGAGCGAAAGAAGAAGAACGAGGAGGAGCUAACGAGACAGCCAUGGGCAAUCCCACCGGAUGCUGGUACUGGCAUGAAGGCCAGGAGACUAAGUCUCAGUCUCCCGGAUGACUUUACCGUUGAUGUUGCCGAGCUUAUGAAGGAAUACGAAUACCAACACAAAUUCCUUGGUCGUCAUGGAAAGCACCUUGGCAAGGGCGCGACUUCGAAGGUCACCUUAAUGGCGCGUAGGGGCAGCCCUGGAGAGUUGUAUGCUGUCAAGGAAUUCCGUUCGAAGAGUUCGUCCGAGACGGUGGAGGAGUAUGAGAAGAAGAUCAAAUCCGAGUACAGCAUCGCCAAGAGCUUGCAUCAUCCUAACAUUGUCGAGACCAUUCGUCUAUGUACUAACCACGGACGUUGGAAUCAUGUGAUGGAAUACUGCUCCGAAGGUGACCUUUUCACUUUGGUUUCGAAGAAGUACCUCAAAGACGAAGGUCGGGAAGGAGACCGUCUGUGCAUAUUCAAGCAGCUCUGCCAAGGAAUUAACUACCUACACUCGAACGGCAUCGCCCAUCGCGAUAUCAAGCUUGAGAACCUUCUCAUCACGAAGGACAGCAAGGUGAAAAUUACUGACUUCGGUGUUUCGGAAGUGUUUUCUGGUAUUCAUCCCGGCCUUAGGGAAGCUGGGGGCCAAUGCGGUAUCGGCAUGGGCGAGGUACGUCUUUGCAAGCCUGGUAUCUGCGGUAGUCUUCCAUACAUCGCGCCCGAGGUGCUCAGCAAAGAGACGGAAUACGACCCGCGUCCGUUAGACGUAUGGAGUUCGGCGAUCGUGAUGCUUUAUCUUAUUUUUAACGCGAACCUGUGGGAGAAAGCACAAGUAGGUCCGAAUAAGAGCUAUAACGAUCUUGUCGGUGGUUGGGAAAAGAUCGACGCAAAGAAGUUGAUCGAUCCGGAAUCGGUCAAGGAUGCUUAUCCUAAAAUAUUGGCGUUCGAAUACGCGGUCAAGCCCGUCGCCCUUCGUCGCUUACUUCUCAACAUGCUUCAUCCCGACCCGAAGAAGCGGAUGACGAUGAACGAGGUUGUCACGAAUAGGUGGAUCAAGAACAUCGAAUGCUGCCAGGUGGAGUCCUAUGAAGAUCCCGUCAAAUUCAUCGAUGCGUCUAAGAAGGACUGUAUGAAGUCAAGUACAGGCAAGAUUUUCUGCCACAACCACCUACCGCCUUUAAGCACAGGGCAUGGCUUACCCCCGAUGCCCGGAAAGCCUGGUUAUUAA